AUGCUGCCUGGGUGCCUAGCUCAUGCCGGCAUGAAACCGUGGCGCUACCAGCGAUACGAAGGCGGUAUAUAUCGUGCUUUACUCGGAAACCCAAGAGACUUAGUGUCCAACUACAUCAUGGAUAAGUUCCAGGCGUUCGGAAAGAACCUCAGCGCGAGCUUCUCGCCCUUUGCUGCGCGCACUCAGCAGAUGAUCAAGGAGCAGCUCGGCCAGGCCGACGACCGGACUCAACUUCCCGAUGAGUACAUCGAGCUGGAGAAGCGGGUGGAUGCCCUGAAGAUUGUCCACCAGAAGCUCCUUCAAGUGACUUCCCAAUACUCCAACGAGGCGUAUGACUACCCGCCCAACAUUCGCGAAUCCUUCAACGACAUGGGCCGCACCAUCAGCGAGAAGGUCCAGCUCCUUUCCCAGGCCUCCUCUCCCGCCGAGGCUCAGGCUGCCCUGACUGCCCCUCCCUCGGCCAAGCCGCAGCCCAAGACCUUUAACCACGCUAUUGCCCGCGCCUCUCUGGCAGGUUCCCAGACUCUGGCGCAGAGCUCGCACGGUGAGGACCCUCUGGCCACUGCGCUGGAGAAGUACGCUUUGGCAUCGGAGAAGGUGGGCGAGGCCCGUCUGGCCCAGGAUGCUCAGAUCCAAUCUCGCUUCUUGGCUGGCUGGAACACCACUCUUAACACGAACUUGAUGUUCGCGGCGAAGGCACGUAAGAACGUCGAGAACGCUCGUCUUAUGCUCGACUCGAUCAAGGCAAGCAAGAAGGCCGCAGUCAGGGGUGACUGGGACAGCCUGAGCGAGGAGGCUCGUGCGGAGAUUGAGCAGGCGGAGGAUGAGUUCGUCGGACAGACCGAGGAGGCUGUGAGCGUGAUGAAGAACGUCCUCGAUACCCCGGAACCUCUGCGGAACCUGGCCGACUUGAUCGCGGCGCAGCUAGAGUACCACAAGCGGUCUUACGAGAUACUCAGCGAGCUGGCUCCUGUUGUCGAUGGCUUGCAGGUUGAGCAAGAGGCCAGCUACCGUAAGAGCCGUGAGGGCGCUUAA